UUCUGAAAUUACAGCAAUAAUAAUUUCACUUGCUGCCAAUGCGAAAUUGGAAAAACGAAACGAAAUUGUGUUACAGUGAGAAACGCAACAAUUUGCUAACAGUGCCACAUUCCUUGCGAGCGUCAUAAAUAUUUGCCGGCAUUCUUAUUUGCUUGCACAGCGACGUUGAAUUACGAGGUGUUCGCCGCAAUUUUGUGUGCGCUUCCGGCGCCAUUUGUGCAUUUCCGGUCGCGCGGGCAAGCGUGCGUGCCAACACACAUACCAACAAAGUGAAAGUGCUAGCCGAGUUGGUGUAUACAUGAAAACACAAAAAGAAUCUGUAAAUUGUGACCUAAACAGUUUACUAAAAAUACAAAUCCUUCUGAAAGUGAACGAAUUACAAAAUGUAGCAGUUAUAAACACAAACAAGACAUAUGUGAUCUAUCAAAAUCUUUCUAGAUAAAUAGAAGCAUAAAAAGUGAAUAGUUUUAUAAAGUAAAGCAAGCAGAACACAACAAACAAUUAUAAUGAAGUUCAGUAACGCGAUAACACUACCUUGGAUUUGUAGUUCGUUAUUAGGCCUUUUAACAGUCGCGGCGUGGCCUGAAAUUCCUUCAAAAGGCAAACACACGCGGGUGCAGGACGCGCAGAAGAUCGACGAAAAUGAUCCCACAGCGCCUGGCUUUCCGGAACCCAUCAAUAACGUGACCGUAUCUGUGGGCAGAGAUGCGCUACUGGCGUGCGUCGUCGAUAAUCUGAAAGGAUAUAAGGUCGCUUGGGUGCGUGUGGACACACAGACAAUACUCUCCAUACAUCAUAACGUCAUCUCGCAGAAUAAUCGCAUCAGUCUGAGUUACAAUGAUCAUCGCUCUUGGUAUUUGCAUAUUAAAGAGGUGGAAGAGAGCGAUCGCGGUUGGUACAUGUGCCAAGUAAAUACGGAUCCAAUGCGCUCGCAAAAGGGCUAUCUACAAGUUGUGGUACCUCCCGUCAUAAUUGAAAGCAUGACCAGCAAUGACAUGGUGGUCCGUGAAGGUCUGAAUGUGACACUUAUGUGCAAGGCACGUGGUUAUCCCGAGCCAUAUGUGAUGUGGCGGCGCGAAGAUGGCGAGGAAAUGCUCAUCGGCGGUGAACACGUUAACGUAGUUGAUGGCGAGCUGCUGCAUAUAACCAAAGUGAGUCGCCUGCACAUGGCCGCCUACCUCUGCGUAGCAUCAAACGGAGUGCCGCCAUCCAUCAGCAAGCGGGUGCACCUGCGCGUGCAAUUUCCGCCGAUGCUUUCCAUCCCCAAUCAGUUAGAGGGCGCAUAUGUGGGGCAGGAUGUGAUACUGGAAUGUCAUACAGAGGCGUAUCCAGCGUCCAUAAACUACUGGACAACCGAACGCGGCGAUAUGAUUAUAUCGGAUACGUCGCGUGCUGGCGACAAAUACGAGACAACCUCAACGGUUAGUGGUUACACGAAAUACAUGAAAUUAAAAAUACGCUCUGUGGGUCCCAACGAUUUCGGUACUUAUCGAUGCGUCGCUAAAAAUUCAUUGGGCGAAACGGAUGGCAACAUUAAACUUGAUGAAAUGCCAACACCCACAACUGCAAUAAUAUCGGAGAAUUCUGCUUGGAAUCGGAGUCUAGUUGGUAAACACCGCCAUAGAAAUAAAUUUGACUUGAAUGCCUUACCUGAUUAUGGGGUCGAGGAGUGGCGCGACGGUGUCGGCAACGGCGUGGCAGGCAAUUCGUUGGGCGAUAAUAAUCAAACGCCAGUGCGUAAUCCUCCGGGCGCUUUUCACAAUUCAGCAAACUCACUGGCGCAACAUAAUCUACUUGGCGGUAUAAUUCUUUGGAUUAAAAUGCAAUCAUUCGGGAUUUACAGGCGUUUAUCGAGUUGGUGCCAAAGCAAGCGACAACGACAACACCAACAACGCCAACCGACCGCGUCAAAGCCGCAGCAAAGGCAAACACAACCACAACAGCUGGCAGCCAAGCAGCAAAAAAAUGGAAAACAACACGCACAACAACAAGAGCAACACCAAAUGAAAUGGCUACCAUUAAAGUAUCAACCAAAAAAUCAUUUUUCUUCGCUUCAACGAUGCGCCACUGCGUAUGAGCAAUCAGCAGAACGGCGCUACAAAGAUGAACAGGCGGCUGCGGUGGCGGGGCGCACUUGCGGUGUGGCUGCUUACACGCAACGCGGUUGCUUACAGCAGCCGUCUCAAUGGCUGAUAAGGCGAAUUGAUGCGUCGUGCGCGGCAUUCGAGGACAGUGAGGUGAAAAUGGAAUACGAAAACGGGAAAAGUAAUGAGUUGCCGAACAAAGUCAGCGUCGCGCUUGAGCCAUUACACAGCCAUAUGCCGAUGAUUUUGCGGCCACUUGCGUUGACAGCGCCAUUUUUACACGCCAUAUCGAGUGGUGUAUCAGCUGCAACAACAGAAACAACAACAAGAGCUACACAAAUGCUUACGAAUUUGUUGUUUGUAAAGAAAAUGGCGGCAAAUAGCGCUGAAAAUUUCACAGUGCACACGCAAAAAUUAGCCGAGAACAUCGACGCUGCUGAAAGACUAAGCGGUGCACGCUCUAAAGAUGCGGCGGAGGGGUCUGUGAUUGGUGACUUCCAUAGCAGUGUUAGUGGGAGAGCAAGCUGCAGCAAGGAAGUGAGUGAAAUGCUGCAUGCCUCUAGGCGAGACCCACAAAUAUGCGAUAACAACAACAACAGUCAAAAUGAAAAUGGAAACAGUUAUGCGGGUGUCUCUGCCACAUGUGUGACUGGGAAUGAGCGCGGUAAUAAAGCAACUAAGCAAACCAAAAAUCUCUGCAACAACAAUAAGCGCAGCAAUAAGACAGUCUACAAAGUUUGUGCAAAUUCUAGUCGUUACAAUGCGUUUGACAGCAAAACAAACGAGAACUUUCUUGUGUCACUUACAAAACUCAGUUUUGCGCUUAUGUUUGUAGCAGUUGGGCUGCUGCUGACACACGCACACAUCGCUACUGUCCUUGAGCGCUAUUUACCGUUAGUAUUCUUAGCCACAUAUGCAAGUCAGGUUAAAAUACAAAAGCAAUUACAACAAAAAUAUGCACGAGUGCUAAAUAGCCACCGAAAAACCGUGUGUAACGAUGCCAGCAGGAACAACAAAACACCAACAACUACAACAGCAUUUCCAAUUAGCUGCCAAAGGUUCGGCAAUGCCAUAAAGAUCACUUCAUUCGCCCGAAUAAUAAGAUUUCUGCGUCAACGACAAUGCGUGCUGCCGAAAUCGGCAUCAUCACCAAUAGUAACAACAACAACAACAGUUACACACUCACUAAGGCCAGCAACAAUAAGCAGCCGCAAGAAGCCAACAAUAAACCGCAACUUAGCGAUGGCAGCCGCAGCGUCUAUAUCCAGCACAAUAAAUACGCCAACAACAACCACAACGAGCAGAGCAUCGGUAGCGGUAAAGUUAACGAGCCUUCGUGCGCUAUAUUGUGUCGCAGCAUUGAGAUGAAAUCAAAUGAUUGCAUGCUGUCGGCAAAUAAAUGGGCGGGGGUGGGGUUCGGAAUUUGUCGUUGAUGGCGCUGAUGACUGGCAAAGAGCCUCAGCCGAGGCAGCUGAGUAAGCGCACAAUAGGUACAAUAUUUAUAAUUGAAAAAAAAAAAAAAAUCACAAAUGAGCAAACAUUUACACAGUUAAUCGGUACAUACGCAUGUAUGUAAGCGUUACUUAACACCUAUGUACAUACCUUACGAAAAUGACAUAGACAAAGACAAAAGUCGCCAAGAGUAAAUUUCAAAAACGUGUGCCCAUAAUCAAACAUACAUACAUUAUGAGUCUACACUUACACACACUCGGAUACACAUACAUUUACAUAUUUACACACUCACAAAAUCACACCAGACUAAGGGAAGCCUUUGAUACACUCUGCGGCACCCGGUGCGUUAACUUACAAAAUGGUUGAAGUAAUCUGAAAUUUGGUCCGAAAAUUCCUUUAGAACAUGAAGAAACAAAUCCAAUAUUUAGCAUGGUUAAAUUGUCCGAUUUAUGCGAGAUAUGCACCGCACUUUUCGUAAACUUUUUAGAAUAGAAAGGUAAUUUCAUAAAGUCAAUACAUAUUUAGAAACCCUCGUCCCUACUUCCAAAAAGCUGGGACAGUCGAAUUGUUCAUCAACAAUGUCACUAAACAAGAACUGGCAAUAAUCACUUGAUACCAGGUCCAACAUACGAGAUGGAUGCAUAAGAACUUUCCAGCUAAGGCUUCCCGAGCUUCUGGAGUGAACACAAUUCCUCUCCUAUUUUCCAAAUUCGCCACUGCUGGACGAUUGCUUAUAUCAAUCGGUUCGAUUAUUACCCAAUAUUAUCCCAAACUGGAUGAUUCCCUGCCCACCACAUCAAACACCUAACAAAACAUUCCUGACUAACAGUUCUGGCCUACCCAUCGUCUUUCCGGUUCACCGAAAUUCGACCACGACCGUUUUCACUAGACAUUGUAGUAAGUGUUUCACUUUCUAUCACCAGUAACGAUCUACUUCAAUAAAAGAUCCAUUUUUUGCGAUUCAACAGAGAAUUGCGUAUGGAAACUCGGUCAAUGAGAGGCAAUCGUUAACUCGAGUUUCUUUUUAUAGCCUGUCUCAUUUAAAUAGUAUAAAAUUAUUUUUGUGCCAUGCCAAGCAGGACUUUUAUUAUUCUAUCGAUAUAGUUCUUCCAGAGCUUGAUGCAGCCUCUUCAUUAAAACUGUAAAUAUGGCUACUAUUCAGCUUUGAGGUAUGUUCAAACAAUAUUGAGUCAGACAAACACAAAACUUUCUUAUAACGACCUUUAGUACAAAAUAUCAUCUCCAGUUUUAGGUUUUGAUUUAAAAAAGUUGGUAACUGAACAGAGUAUCUUAAGUGUGCCACAAAUUUUACAACACCCAGAAGAAAACGUGUGAGAGCCUAUAGAACAUAUAUGAUCAACAUGAAGGGCUGUGUCGAUUUCGGCAUAUCCGUAGGUCUGUUCAUCUGUCUGUAUAUACGCGAACUAGCCAUCAGUAUAUGAUACAUGAUCUAAAAUUUUGCACACGUCCUUCUUUUUCCAAGGAGUUGCUUAUUUGUUGAAAGCACCGAACGCUUGAUCCACUAUAGCCCAUACAUAGCUGCCCUACCAACUGACCGAACAAAGUCAAGUUCUUGUGUGAAAUCUUUUUUAUUUGUGAAUGGUAUUAGGUUAGCUUAGGUUACAUGGCUGAUUAAUCGUAAGUGGACUGGUAUAUGUAGUGAUUUGUGUUGCUAUAGAAUAUAAGAACUCCUGUGUUCGGACUUACUGAUUGGUAAACUGGUCAACUCCCGCUAGUGGUCCAGCGCUAGCCAAGCUUUCGCAGAGUCCAGCUUUCCAGUAGUAGAACACAAGAGAA